AUGACUUAUCCUCAAGAUAUUUUAAAUUCACCAAGUUGUUUGGAUCAUAACUUUCGCAUCCCUUUGAUAAAUUCAGAUACACAAGAUAUACACUCAGGAUCCUUAUCACUCAACGGAUUGCCACGUUCCCCAUCUCCCCCCAUUAAUUAUAAAGCGCUUCGUUAUGUUGUUAACAAACACUUGCCCAAGGAAUCAUGGCCCUAUGAUGAUCAGGAUGACGCGGUCUAUUCAGUAUCGUAUGACCCCGAUGCAGACUUGUUGGAAUCAGAUAUACCAAAAAUAUACCGAAAAUUUUAUGGUUCGAAGGAUACACAACAUGGCUUGGAUGCUCCAAUCUAUGCAUCACCUUUAGAGCACGAGCGAUCCACGUUCCGCUCAGCAUUCGAAACGGCACUCAAGCCCACCUCUUUCAGAAAUGAGAUUUCACACAAAGGCCCAUACAAAAAUGAUUUAGGGUCUCCUUUGCGUGUUGACCUGGCUUUAAGCGACAUGGCAAUAACUCACAAUGAUCCCAAUAACCUGGCGUCUUAUGCAUCAGAAAGUUUUGUGCUAGGAAGUGAUUCCACUCUUGGGAACAACGAACCAGACUUUCCGUUACUCAAUUCAUCAUCUUUAGCUCACGCAUCCAUGCCUCUUGGCACAGCUGUCCAAGCUGAAUCCAGUCAUGAUACCCCUCAGAACGUUAAAAUGGACGAUUAUGCUCGCGAAAUCACCUAUAUUCCAGAGUCCAUUGCAUUUUCAGAAUCGUCACAUCCAAAUGACAGGACUCAUCGCAGAGGUCUUACUUUGGACAAUGAUCUUGUAUUCAGAAGAGUAUCAUUAAGCCCUCCUGUAUCGGGCCCUUCUCUGUUGCAAUUGUCUCUUCAACACGCGGACAGUUCUAAAGAAGAUAUGGAGUUUGCCAAAUAUAUUCGAAUUGGACGAAAUGACCAUGAUCAUGGUUUUCGUGUCUUGUUGUAUUAUCCGGGUCAAGUGGAUCCCCAGACGAAAGCUUUGGUCAGCCCGAUUCAGGUAUGGGUCCAACCAGAAUCAACCAUGGAAGAACUUAUUGGGUAUGGUGUUUAUUCGUUCGUGAGGAAAUUUGGACGGGUUCCUAUGCACCCCAAGGAAGACAAGGCAGAAGCCUUGAUUAGUCCUCGCUCAUGGAUGUUGCGCAUGGUCGAGAAUGGCAUAAUUGACGAUGACUUUCCUGUUAUUGAUUAUGGAUUAAUUGUUGGUCAUUUUGGCGAGCACGAAUUUGCUCUGUGUCCUGUAACAAGUGGAUCAAAGCAAUCGGAUACACUCGAAUCGACAUACAGUAUCGAAAAUGUCACCCACGCACCCGAAUUUUCGAAUACAAAACCUCGCGCAUUUAUGAUGUUACAUAUCAUGGUUGUACCAAUGGCGAAUAGCCAGAUCCAAGUGCAAAUCUCGCCUGAUGCUACUAUUAGCAAUGUGCUUGAACAAGUGUGUCAUGAUUGCAAUUUGGGACCUAUGGAUUUGUAUGCAUUGCUGUGUCAAAAAACAGCUGAAAUCUUAUCUCCAAAUGAAGUGGCAUCAAAGCUCGAGUGUACAAGCCAUAAUCUGGUACUUGUCGAACGAACGUCUCUUGGGAAGGCUUUUGUCCCCGCGCGUGACAGCCAUGCACAAGCAGUGUUGGAAGAACCCAAGUACAAGACAGCCAUGGAUAUGAUAUCCAGUUAUAAAGCCUACUCGGUCAGUCGACGUCACCAUAUUGUUAUGGGUCGACACGAACGUGUCAUUUCAUUGGACGGUGAAUGGCUACACAUCAUCCGACCUGCUGAGAAACGAGUGUCGCAUGCUAAAACUACUUCCUAUCUUUUAACCUCGAUUAUACAAUGCGAAUUGAACCCACGCCUGCCGCAUGUGUUUCGGCUUGUGGCACAUCGUGUGCACACGCAGGAUACAAAGCGCUAUGAGUUUGAAGCGGAAGACGCUGUCCGCGCGCAAGAAAUUGUAAAUGAAAUUAACCAGCAGCGCCGACAAUAG